AUGUUGGACACUUUCGAAAUCAUCACCACCAACGGCGUGGUCCUUUGGUCAAGGACAUAUGCCCCCAUCAACUCGUCUAUUGUGAACAACUUCAUUUCCGACACAUUCAUUGAAGAAAAAAGUGGCAGUUCAGCAUUGAGGGACUCGCAGUCGGCUGCGACAAAUCCUCCAUACAAGUACGACCAACACACUCUAAAAUGGACCGUGGUAAAGGAACUGGGCGUCAUCUUUGUGGCUGUCUAUCGAUCUCUGCUACACCUGUCAUGGGUCGAUAAGCUUGUCGACAAUAUCAAGACCAUCUUUGUCAAUCUGUACGGAGAGCAGCUCAAGAAACCACAUACAACUGUUGUUGAGUGUACCGGAUUCGAUAACUACUUUGACCAACAACUACACGAGCUUGAUACCUCGACCGCAUCUAAUCCGAAAGCGCAACCUGCCGGGUCCUACGGCGACAGCCGCUCUGUUGCUGGCCUGACGUACCGGGGGCGCAAUGUCAAUGGCGGGCAGGACGAAGGGUUUUCAAACGAUUCGAGCCCUGUACUUACACCUAAUACUUCACGGCCGUCUACUCCAGGCACCAACAACUUGUUAGUGGCCAAAGCUGGCCCAGUCGCAAAAAUGUCUAGGCGAGCCCGCAAGGCCAAACACUCCACAUCUGCACCAGCAUCCUCAGGAGACGAAGCCUCAAGUAAACAGAAGAAGGGCGCCAAGGGACCCAAGAAGGGACGGAAGUGGGAUGCAGACGGCUUUGCCGACGAAGACGAUACAGAUGUGCAACUCGACUAUUCCGCCAACCCUACGAGUGACCCGGAGGCAGACACCGUAGGCCGCUCCAGCGCUUUGGACGCUGUUGACGCAUCAACAUGGGGAACGUCUACCAGGGGUAAAUUCGUUCUAAAGGACCUUGGAGAUGAAGUUCACAGCAUGCUUGCCUCUGCAGAAGCUGAAAAGGCCGCUGCAGCAGCCAAGUCAGAAACCAGGUCUGGUCUCUUAGGCACAGGAGUCAAUGCCCUCAGUGGCAUGUUCCGAAACGUUGUUGGAGGCAAGACCCUGACCAAGGAGGAUCUCGACAAGGCUAUGAAGGGAAUGGAAGAGCAUCUUCUACGCAAGAACGUAGCCCGUGAAGCUGCUGUGCGUCUCUGCGAAGGAGUCGAAAAGGAGCUCGUCGGCGUCAAGACUGGCAACUUUGAAAGCAUCACCUCCAAGAUUCAAACCGCCAUGGAAUCUUCUCUGACCAAAAUGCUUACACCUACCUCAUCUCUCGAUCUCCUCCGCGAUAUCGACUCCGUCACUGCACCUCCCGCCACUUCACUCCGCAAAGCCCGCCCUUAUGUCAUCUCCAUCGUCGGUGUCAACGGGGUAGGUAAAUCCACCAAUCUCUCCAAGAUCUGCUUCUUCCUCCUCCAAAACAAAUACAAGGUCCUCAUUGCUGCGGGCGACACCUUCCGAUCAGGAGCCGUCGAGCAACUGGCAGUUCAUGUUCGCAACCUCAAGGAAUUGACUGUCCGAGAGGGCGGGCAAGUUGAGCUGUACCAGAAGGGAUACGGCAAGGAUGCCGCGACUGUGGCCAAGGACGCAGUGUCCCAUGCUGCGCAAGAGGGCUUUGACGUUGUGCUUAUUGAUACGGCGGGCCGACGGCACAACGAUCAGCGACUGAUGUCUUCAUUGGAGAAAUUCGCCAAGUUUGCUCAGCCAGACAAGAUUCUCAUGGUUGGCGAGGCUCUUGUAGGGACAGACUCUGUCGCCCAAGCUCGCAACUUCAACGCGGCAUUCGGCUCGGUCCGCACCCUCGAUGGCUUCAUCAUCUCCAAGUGCGACACUGUAGGCGACAUGGUCGGCACUCUAGUCAGUCUCGUCCACGCUACCAACGUGCCGGUCCUGUUUGUCGGUGUAGGACAGCAUUAUUCCGACUUGAGAAAUUUCAGUGUUAAAUGGGCUGUGGAGAAGUUGUUGAGUAGUAAUUAA